UGAAUGAUGGUGCGAACGAUGGUGGUAACAAUGGUACGAAUGAUGAUAUGAAUAAUGGUAUGAAUGAUGCGAAUGUUAUGAUUGAUGGUAUGUAUGGAGUGAAUGAUAGUGCGAAUGGUGUUGAUGGUAGUAUUAAUAAUGGUAGUGAACAAGUGAGACAAGAAAGUGGAUUAAAUAUUAAUGAGCAAGAAAUGCAACAUACUAAUAUUCAGGAGAUACAAAUUA